AUGUCGGUGUUCCGCGAAUUGCAGCAUCUAUUGCUGCAGGUGCUGCCAUCGUCUUCCCUGAUAGCACAAGGUCGCUUGCUGUGUAUCCAAAACCACUUGGCCAUGGUCUGUGAUAGCCUUUGGACUAUCGAUUCAAUGAUCGUUAUCCCUGAGAUGGGAAUGAUGUAUAACAAUUAUUGUAAAAAUUGGCCUGGGUUUAAUUUGUUAGAUAUGCCUGUAGAAUUUGCAGAUUGGGAGAGAGAUGUGGCUGCAGUAGUUAUAGAUGCGGGAGAGUUACUCAGUAGAAUCAUGGAUUGGGAAGCCAGUUUGCAUCGUUCCAUUGCGGGCAACACCCAACAGGUGCACUUUCGCCAUGUUAUUCUAGUGGAGCUGAAAGAGAUGUUGUGCAACUUGAAUUCUCUUGUGCUGAGAGGAUCUGCUAUGGGUCUUCGGAGGGAUCCUAUGGGUUCUAUGAACCCACUCCGAGAAGACUACUCAAUUGUCCUAAAAAAUGAGGUGGUGGGUAGAGAGGAAGAUCUAGAGAAACUUGUUGCAAUCUUUGAACAACAAUUAGUAUCGUCCAACAAUAAUGGUGAUGAUAACAACCCGUUCGUAAUUGUCAUAGAUGGCAAAGUAGGAGUUGGGAAGACGACUUUGGCACAUAUGAUCUACCACCACACUUGGGUUCGCCAACAAUUUCAUCAUCGCAUUUGGGUGGAUCUACCCCUCGUUUCGACAUUCAAGAUGAUUAAUAUAAUUGGAAACGAAUUUGUAAGGUCCAUAAACAAGGAAGAAUAUUGUGAUCAGAAAUUACACCUAGACCUGCCGCUACCAGCCAUGUGGGAAUAUAUUAAUGAACAACUCUGUGGUGAGUGGAAUGAAUUGAAGAACAUCCUUUUGUGUGUGGGCGGGCGUGGGAGUGGAGUCUUGAUCAUCUACAAAUCAUCAACAAAAUCAGCUGUAAGAGACAUGGGUUUUCUAAAUGGGAUGAAGGAUAUUAUAACAUACCGCUUGAAUCCCUUAUCGGUGGAUGCAUGGGUGGAAUUAUUCAAGAGACAGGCAGUAAUGAGAAUCCCCUCAUCGAAGCAGGACAAAUCAGAGAAGGAUGCAUGGCUCUUCCAAAAUUACUUUCCUAGUAAAACUUUUGGGGCAAAGGUUUUUGGAUCGUUAAGCCAUAAUAUUCUGGCACCAUUUGCAAAUAAGUUAUUCAAUGAUAUUUAUAUGGUUAGGAAUUUUCCACUUGUCAUCAUACGAUUACACCAAUACCAUCACCUACUUGAUGUUGAUAAUGAUUAUGAUGUCAUCUUACAUAUGUUGACCGCUGAAUACCUCAUACCAACUGAAGGCCUCGAACAAGGUUGGAUUCAGCUCUAUGCAAGAUCUUUAAGAUAUAUAAACAUGCGAGUACAAGCAUUACUGUUUUCAAGGAUGGUUUACUUGCAUAUGAAGGUUCCCGAAGAUUCAACUAUUAUUCCAAGGUACUGUCGCUAUUUGUGUUUGAAAAUUAAUCAUAGAGCUAUACCAUUUCGACUACUGACCAUACCAGUUGAGGUGAGCAAUAAACUGAUAACAUUGAUUCUACGAGAACAUGAGGAAGCAACACAAGAAGACGUUGAGGAGAUAACACUUCAAGUAUACAAAAAAAGACGCAUGAAAGCAACAACUGCAAUAUCAAAGUUCCUCGAUAAGAUGUCGGUAAGACUUAUACAUUUGCGUAUAUUAGUUGUAGAAACUGGUAUGAUCCAAAGGCUACCCAAUGAAAUUAGUAAGUUGGUUAACUUGAGAUACCUCCACCUUUCAAAGCUUAAGAUAGAGUUACUUCCGAAAUCACUUUUUGACCUACCUAAUUUGCGAAUUUUAAGUUUGCUUCGUUGCCAAAAUCUUCAAAAGAUACCUGAACAAAUCCAUCGGCUUAAAAAGUUGCAGAUUUUGAAACUAGCUUAUUGCACAAAGCUUCAGCGGUUACCAAAAUCUAUAACAAGGCUUAAAAACUUGGAAGUGAUUGAUGUGGAAGGUUGUUGUUGGCUAAGCAAACUCCUAGAUUAUUUGGUCAGUUUUAAAUCACUGAGAAUCCUCAACAUCACAAGAUGUGCAUCCUUGUCUCAAAUUCCCCAUGGGAUUGAACAAUCAAUUGACCUUCGUAAGUUGUCAGGAAUAUUUGUCGGUGUCGAUGGAGGUUUUGUGCUCGCACAGUUGCAAACUUUAACAAAUCUUCAGGAAAUAAGAUUACGAAACCUAGAACGAGCAGAGAAGACUCAAACUGAGGUGCUGAUGGGCCAACAAAGUCUUUGUGACUUGUCAUUGCAUUGGGGUGGUGAAGAAGCAGAUGAAAGUUCUGAAUCAGCUACAUCACUGCAGGUACUCGAAGCUCUCCGACCAAACGUGCAUUUGAAAAGGCUAGAGAUCAUUUCUUAUAAGGGAGUGGAAUUUCCUACUUGGAUGAGUAAACAAGAACUUGUUCGUUUCGAUUCUUUGGUUGAAGUGAGACUCAUCAAUCUCAGGAGGUGUGCUACAUUACCAUCACUCGGUCAACUUCCUUGUCUGGAGAAGCUUGAGAUAAGUGGAAUGGAUUUAAUAAAACACAUAGAUAAUAUAUUUUAUGGUGACGGCGACACAUUUUCUGUGUUGAGAGAGCUCACUUUCUCAGAAAUGCUUGCACUAGAGAAAUGGUCUGUGCCGAAAGGAAAAUGUAUAUUGUUUUUCCCAAGGCUUACACAAUUGACACUAGUUCAGUGCCCAAAACUCAAGGAAAUAGAUCUGCAUUAUUAUUGUGGUACAAUGAGAGUAUGGUUGAACAAUGAGACAAUAUGGUCUGCUAAAUUUUACUGUUGGGACAACUUCCGAUACAUCAGAAUUAUAGAGAUAGUCGGGUGCCAAGAGCUGAGAUGCUUGCCACAGGGUAUGCGAAGGUUUGAGCGUCUAUCAAAGAUGACAAUUAAUAGUUGCAACAAUUUGACGACUCUGGUAGCAUUGGAUUCACUUAUAGAAUUGAACAUAUAUGCUUGCCCUCUGCUAGCAUUCAACCUAGAAGCAUUUACAGAACUUAGGAGGCUUACAAUUAAAGGCUGCCCGAAGAUGCAAAUGUGA